AUGGCCAAAAGCGAGGUCCACGGCGGUGACGCCGGCGAGUCCAACCCGAAUGAGUGUGGGUGCGACAGGCGAGUCCCUGCUCCGAGCCCGCCGGGCCCCCGGCCCCAGGAAAAUCCGGUCGGAUCGCCCUCCCCUCGGGGCAGUGACCACCGGCUCCCACGAGCGGGAACUCGGGCCACCGCGCGGUCCCGCCUGGGACCGGCACCAACUGCAUCCCCGGAGCUGAGCGGCGCCCGUCCACGCCCGCCCCGGGAUGCCCGGGAGCGCAAGCAGCAGCGCCCCGCUCGCGAGCGCCGGAACCGCGAGGGUCCUUCGCGCCCCGCCACCGAGGGGAACUCGCGCAGACGCGAAAGACAGAAACACACUGAUGAACCUGCCGCUCGGCCAAGGCGGCUGCUUAACAAGCUCAGGGAAUUCAGCCCUGUGUGCGAAGGACAUCUACAGCAUGAUGCACACGAAGUAUUACAGUGUGUUUCGGGAAACAUUCAAGAAACAUGCCAACUCCUAAGAAAAGAAGAAGUAAAAAAUGUGGCAGAAUUCUCUACUAAGGUAGAAGAAAUACAUCAUCAGAAAGAGGAAAUGAGUGGCGUUAACAGCACGCACGUGGACGGUAUGAGGCGUUCUGAGGACUUUAAAGAAAAACUCCCAAAAGGAAAUGGGAAAAGAAAAAGCGACACUGAAUUUGGUAACAUGAAGAAAAAAGUUAAAGUCUCCAAGGAACACCAGUCAUUGGAAGAGAACCAGAGACAAACUAGAUCAAAAAGAAAACCUACAAGUGAUACAUUAGAGAUUCCUCCUAAAAUAAUUCCCAAGUAUAUUUCUGAAAAUGAGAGUGCAAGAGCUUCACAAAAGAAAUCAAGUGUUAACACAACUAAUGGACUUGAAUCUCCAGGAAAUACUGUUAUACCUGUAAAUAUUAAUGAAGUUAAAUCCAUAAACAAAGGUGAGGAACAAAUUGGUUUUGAGCUAGUGGAGAAAUUAUUUCAAGGUCAGCUGGUAUGAAGGCCUCGUUGCUUGGAAUGUGAAAAUUUAACAGAAAGAAGAGAAGAUUUUCAAGACAUCAGUGUGCCAGUACAAGAAGAUGAGCUUUCCAAAGCAGAGGAGAGUUCUGAAAUUUCUCCAGAGCCAAAAAUGGAAAUGAAUACCCUGAGAUGGGCAAUUUCACAAUUUGCUUCAGUACAAAGGAUUGUAGGAGAAGAUAAAUAUUUCUAUGAAAACUGCCAUCAUUAUACUGAAGCUGAAGGAAGUCUUUUGUUUGACAAAAUGCCUGAAGUUAUAACUAUUCAUUUGAAGUGCUUUGCUGCUAGUGGUUUGGAGUUUGAUUGUUAUGGUGGUGGACUUUCCAAGAUCAACACUCCUUUAUUGACACCUCUUAAACUGUCACUAGAAGAAGGGAGCACAAAGCCACCUAACGACAGCUAUGGAUUAUUUGCGGUUGUGAUGCAUAGUGGCAUUACAAUUAGUAGUGGGCAUUACACUGCUUCUGUUAAAGUCACUGACCUUAAUAGUUUAGAGCUAGAUAAAGGAAAUUUUGUGGUUGACCAAAUGUGUGAAAUAGGUAAGCCAGAACCAUUGAAUGAGGAGGAAGCAAGGGGUGUGGUUGAGAAUUACGAUGAUGAAGAAGUGUCGAUUAGAGUUGGUGGAAAUACACAGCCAAGAAAAGUUUCAAACAAAAAAAAUGUAGAAGCUAUUGGACUUCUUGGAGGACAAAAGAGUAAAGCAGAUUAUGAGUUAUACAGCAAGGCCUCUAACCCUGAUAAGGUUGCCAGCACAGCAUUUGCUGAAAAUAGAAAUUCUGAGACUAACGAUGCUAAUGGGACCCACGAAUCAGAUAGAAACAAGGAAUCCAGUGACCAAACAGGCAUUAAUAUUAGUGGAUUUGAGAAUAAAAUUUCCUAUGUAGUGCAAAGCUUGAAAGAGUAUGAGGGGAAGUGGUUGCUUUUUGAUGAUUCUGAAGUGAAAGUUACUGAAGGGAAGGACUUUCUGAAUUCCCUUUCCCCUGCUACAUCUCCUACUUCUACUCCUUACUUGCUAUUUUAUAAGAAAUUAUAGAGUGAGUGUAUUUUCCUUGUGUAUGUUUAAACAUACCCACACAAACAUCGGUACAGUUGGUUACA